GGACCCCGGGGCCGAGCGCGGGCGGACGCCGGUGCGGACGAGGCGGUGCCGCGCCACGACUCCUCCUACGGCACCUUCGCCGGGGAGUUCUACGACCUGCGCUACCUGUCCGAGGAGGGUUACCCUUUCCCGACUGCUCCUCCCGUGGAUCCAUUUGCCAAAAUCAAAGUGGAUGACUGUGGAAAAACCAAGGGAUGCUUUAGAUAUGGCAAACCGGGCUGUAAUGCAGAGACUUGUGACUACUUCCUUAGCUACCGGAUGAUAGGGGCUGAUGUGGAGUUUGAACUGAGUGCCGACACAGAUGGCUGGGUGGCAGUUGGAUUCUCUUCAGACAAGAAGAUGGGUGGUGAUGACGUCAUGGCCUGUGUCCAUGACGACAAUGGCAGGGUCCGCAUACAGCACUUCUAUAAUGUAGGCCAGUGGGCAAAGGAGAUUCAGAGAAACCCUGCCAGAGAUGAAGAAGGAGUCUUUGAAAACAAUCGAGUCACCUGCAGAUUUAAACGCCCUGUGAACGUUCCCAGAGAUGAAACAAUUGUCGAUCUGCAUUUGAGUUGGUAUUAUUUGUUUGCUUGGGGUCCAGCCAUUCAGGGCUCUAUCACCCGACAUGAUAUAGACUCACCACCAACUUCAGAGCGUGUUGUCAGUAUUUACAAGUACGAAGACAUUUUUAUGCCAUCAGCUGCCUAUCAAACCUUCUCUUCUCCCUUUUGUUUGCUUCUCAUUGUUGCCCUGACCUUCUACUUAUUGAUGGGGACCCCGUAACCACAGCUGCAAAGCCAACAUAUCAAGUGGAUUAGAAAGUCUUUAGUAUAAUAUAUUUUUUAAAAAUAUGCAGUAUAAUUUUAGUUUUUAUUAUUUAAAAAAAGACUCCUAUGAUUUCAGCUCUUUGGAGGAAAGAGCAAGCUUCUUUUCUAAUCAAAGAAGAUUGUUUAAUAUUGAUCCCAUACUUUUGGAAAGUAGUGACUUAAAAUUUUUCUAAGCACUU